AGCAGCCUCCGCCGCCGGGAAGCCCUCCGGGAGGAUGACCACUCUAACGCGCCAGGACCUCAACUUCGGACAAGUGGUCGCUGAUGUCCUUUCUGAAUUUUUAGAAGUAGCCAUUCACCUUAUCCUUUACGUCCGAGAAGUUUACCCCACUGGAAUUUUCCAGAAGAGGAAAAAAUAUAAUGUACCUGUUCAGAUGUCCUGCCAUCCCGAACUCAAUCAAUAUAUUCAGGAUACCCUCCACUGCGUCAAACCUUUGCUAGAGAAGAACGACGUGGAGAAAGUGGUAGUGGUCAUCCUUGAUAAGGAACACCAUCCAGUAGAAAGAUUCGUCUUUGAGAUCAUGCAGCCACCAUUGCUGGCCAUCAGCUCCGAUUCCCUGCUCAACCACGUGGAGCAGCUUCUGCGGGCUUUUAUUCUGAAGAUCAGCGUCUGCGAUGCUGUGCUGAACAACAACCCUCCAGGCUGUACUUUCACCAUCCUGGUGCACACCCGUGAAGCUGCCACACGCAACAUGGAGAAGAUCCAAGUGAUCAAG